AUGGCAGAGGACAUGCAGCAGGACGCCAUCGACUGCGCCACGCAGGCCUUGGAGAAGUACAACAUCGAGAAGGACAUCGCAGCCUUCAUCAAGAAGGAGUUUGACAAGAAGUACAAUCCCACUUGGCAUUGCGUGGUGGGGCGCAACUUCGGAUCUUAUGUCACCCAUGAGACGUGGCUGUGCGGCACUAGUGACACUAGUGACGCUGGUGUGGAGUGCCUCUGUUUGACAAAUCCUCCGAGGAAGCACUUCAUCUACUUCUAUCUUGGCCAAGUGGCAAUCUUGUGCUUCAAGUCUGGGUGA